AUGUCUUCUUCCGGAAAGAUCACUUCUGUCGAGAAGACCCAAUAUAUUCACGCGUUGAGAACCCAUCAAGUCAACACCAUAGGAGAACUCCGCCGUAUUGAAAAGGCAUUCGCUGUUCUCGGUACGCCAGACUGCAGCGAACCGAUGACGUCGUCUUGGUCUUACUACGUCGACUCACAUGGUCUGCUAACUGAGCUUCGCGGACUGACCCGAAACUAUCCGUUCAGCCAACUCAUCCCUUACUAUGCACGAUAUCAAGCUUCGCAACCGACAAUGUGGGCGGGCCAUACUCCUUCUGCUGAGCAGAUCACCCAGCUCACAAAUGCUUUUGCUGCAGAAUGGAACUGGGCUCUUGGCCAGAUGCUGAGCCAUUGGGCGCAACCACCGGCAAGAUAA